GGCCAGGGCCACAGCUUGGGACCACAAACCUGGGCAGCUACAGUUGAGGGGCUGGUGUUGUGAAGGACGGUGGGGACCGGCUGGCCCUGUUACCCUUCUCCAACAUGAGUCCUCAGCCUCCCUCAGUGCUAGGCCUGCAAAGAAGGAUGGCCUGUAGUCUGGGGGCACCAGCUGAGAGAGGUCUGGGGCUGCCAGCCAGCUGAGGGAGAGGUGUUAGGGCAGGAGGCAUUUCCCCAAGUGGAUGCCUUUCUGGGCGCCAUUAACAGGGGCCUAGUCUGGGAGCCAUGUUUCCAGAAGGCUCUCGACAGUCUGAGCUCAGUCCUCAACCCUGCUUGGCCCUUCCCCUGCGUCAUUUGUGGGUCGUGACGGCCCCCUGUUGAGAGGCUUGAAGGGAGAGAUGUGAAGUUGGGUAUGCUUUGUGCUGAAGGGCAAACUCAAGAGUCCAAAAGAUGUCCCCCAGGCCAGUGGGAGGAUGUAGGCUGAUUCUGACAAGAGGGAAUUUAGUGCAGGAAGCCUGCAUUCUGAUUAAAACCCAACUGCAGCAGCAUGGGUGGGGUGGGGGCCACAGACAGGCCAGCUGGAGGUGAAGCUCGGAGGCUAUGGUCAUAGACCCCAAGCCUCUGAGGCAAAGAGGAGCACACCCACCCACAGGACCCACGGGCAGGCUGGAAGCUGCCAGCCACCACCCUCUGACCUCCUCCAUGCCUCUCACUACCUCUCUUUCCCAGUGCCUCCUCAAAAUAUCUUUUUUAAGUGUUAACCAUCACCAUGUUACCUAAAAACUGAUGAUAUGGCACCUCCUUUGAAGAAUGUUCUGGGGGAGUACUUGUUCCCCCUCUCUAGCUAUGCUUCUGACUUGGGCAUUCAGGGCCCCACAUGCCCACUCCUGCAUUCAGACUUCCCACCGCACUUAGAAUAGUCCCUGUUGAGUUCAGGGUGCAAAUGGGGAGCCCAAAUGCAGUUAAGUCUCCUAAUACCAUCAAUUCUUCCUUCUCAGUGUCUCCAGUCCCUUGUUACAGGCCGCCAUCAUCUUGGCAAGAGCCUCCUGACUUCCUGCCUCCUGUCUCGCCCUUACAAUCUUCUCAAUACCAACUACCCCACUGCUUUCUCAAACAGGAAGCCGAUCUGAUUACACACUCACACACACACACACCGUCUCCCCUGUAUUCUUCGGUGUCUCCCUAUUGACCUUGGAUAAUGGUCACAGUACCAUGAUUGAACAGAGUUGAGAUGGGUUGCAGACACGUUGUGGUUUAACCCUUUCAACAGAGUGCCUGUGGCUUACAGAGUCACAAGCAUGUGGACCAAGGAUGCUCGGUCCAAGCUGGCAUCCUCCCUGCCCGCCAUGGGACUGGGACUACCCCUACACCCAGCGCCAGCUCUGGCCUGCCCAUGUGCACCUCCCUGGUCCCUUCUGCCUAAUUGUCUCCUUCCCUCCCUCCUCUUUUUUCACUGACUUGAGUCUUCCCUUGACCUUCCAGGGUAAGCUAAUAGCUUCUUUCUCUGUUUAGGAGGUUGGACUAGACCUUUAAUGAGCCUUCCUACCCAGAGAUGCUGUCCUCUUUAGUGUCUUUGUGUGUGUGUGCUGAAAACAGCCUGAAUGACCCAGGCAGCCUUAAUCACUGUGCCCCUGGGAUCUGGCUGGGAUGAGGGUACACAGACAUGCCUUUGCUGCAGGACAUGUCCUGGGGCUUGUGCUGGGGAGAGGCCUCUGGAGUCUCCCACCAUGUGGGGAAGAAGCUAGGGCCUGCUGGGGGCACAUGUAGGGCUUUGGGCCAGGUGUGAGGAAGAAACUGUCUGUCCCUCUGGCGUUUCCUACACAUCGUCCCUGGGCUGGGCUGCUUCAUCUGAGGUGGGGAGGCAAGGGGCCCUUUGGUCUGAGAACUUCAGACAAGGAGGUGAGAUCUGGAAUUUUUAAUCUUGUUGGGUAUACAACAAAGACUGUGGCUUGGCUGCUAAAGCUCAGUGCUGGUAGGGGGCUGGGAGGGCUGUGGGGAACAGUACAGGCCUUAGUGUGAGAAGAGGCAGGGCCAGAGGCACAGGGUCUGUUCCUCCCAGCACCAGACCCAGCCCACCUGUGGGCCUGGCCUCUGGACCCAGGCCUGGACAGGAGAGCAGGAGCUGGCAUUUCCAGGGGCCUGUGGCAGCGACAUGUAGCUGGAAAAGGUUCCUGCUGGGCUGUGGGGCAGACUGGGGCAGGAAGCCCCUUGGGCUGCCCUGAUAUAGUCCCACCCUUAGUCCUAGAACAGGGGUUUUUAGCUUGGGGAAGGGGCUCUGGGGCAUGUAGCAGAGGGAGGUGGGAGGCACUGAGUCAAACUGCAGGUCAAGAGGCCAGGGCUGGAGCCUCUGGAGGUGACAGAGGCUGAGCCACAGGGCUGGUUACUGACCUGGCCUCAGAGUGUUAGGGUCAGUUCAGCCCCUCCCAUGAAGCGGGACUGGACGCAGGUCACCUCAGGCAGUUGGGCUUGGAAGCGCCUGAUGGAAGCCAUGCUGAUGCCAGGACACAUGGCCACACCUACCAUCCGGUGCUGCUUGCACACCUGCCCAGUGGAACCCAGCGUUCCGCAGGGAGGCCACUGGGUGAGCGCCUGACCCUGCACGGGGCCCCAGCCCAGCCCCUACACUGUGCAGCACCGGACACACUCACUGCUCCGCGAGCUGACUGCACCUGGACAGGUUGAGGUGCUGCAGCCUCGGCCGGGAGCCGGCUGCCUGGGCCCAGCCUUCGUCGCUGAGGCGGCUGCAGUGACUCAGCGCCAAGCGCUCCACGCUGGGGCAGCCUCUGGCCGCAGCCAGCAAGCCCUUGUCUGUGAGUGCUGGCAACAGGCUCAGUGACAGUCACCUCAGCUGGGGGACCUGGAGCACCUGCGAGGAUGGCGGGGGGUGGGUGAUGUGGCGCUGGAGCCCUUCCAGCUUCCCCCACCCCCAGCCAGAGGAAUGGCUACGGGCAGCAGAAGCCAACGAGAAAGGACUUUUUCCAAGCAAAAAGUGGGUUGGCCCCAACCGCUGGCUCCAGCCCCAGGGCCCUCAGCCUUUCCACGUCCCCAGCCCCACACCUUGGUCAAACUGGCAUCAGUCAGCUUGCUGCAGGCUGUGAGGUCCAAGUCCCGUAGGGUCUGCAGCAUGAGUGGGGCGGGACCUGUGGCCAGGGAGAAGGGUCCUUUUGGGGCUGGAGGCCCGAUGCCCAGCUCUCGGGGAGGCUGUGAGAGGAAGCCCCUGCUUCCCAGAUUCCUCCCGAGUUUCGCCCUCAGCUGUUCCCAGAGACAGGCGCAGGAGGGGCAGGAGGGCAGCUGAGCCCAGGGGCCUCCCCGCCCACCAUGACCUCGAGGGUCCCGCACCUGCGGCCCCUGCAGAGUCUCCUCACUUGGUUGCCCCAAGCCCAGAAGCCCCUGGUCACGGAGCUCCUUGCACCAAGCCAGGCGCGGGACUGACAGGUGGGUGAGGUAGGUGCAGAUGGCCUGCACGGUCUGGUUGGUGAGGGGCCACGCAGGAGGAUGAGUCUAGCACCCUGAGGCUUGGGCUUAGCGCUGACAUCAGGGAGAGCACUGAGGCAUCCUAGGAGGGAAGUGGAAGAGGGAGAGGGCAAUGGAGAGGUGGCUUGUGCCUGCGUCACCGGGCUUGGCGGGGGUCACUAGGAAGGUUCUGCCCAAGGUUCCAGCCCCACAGGCACCAGGAAGCUGCCACAGGGUCCACGGAAGGAAGCAACAAUACUCCUGUGCUGGGCUCGGUUCUGUCACCGCUUUCACCAGCCUUCCUGGCCCCCAGAACACCCACCCUCACUCCCCUCCCCAGACUGCAGUGGUCACCAAUCACUUGGCUCGUGAGAACAUCAUCAAAAGGGAACCAGAAAGGUAGAAAUGACGCCUAAUACGCACUCCCCGCAAGAUACUUAUCAACAGGAUUCUCCCAGGAAGACGCGUGGAACUCAUUCCCAGGUGUGGAGAAUCAGCCUGGCUUCUGCCCCAGAGAGAAGCAGCUGACUAUGGCUGUCCUCACGGGAAGGAGGAGCGUACGAGGCAGAGAUUCAGCCAUCGCAUCCCUGCCGCCUCCGCCCCCGCGCAAGGCUUUCUGGGAAGUGAAGUCCCACCGACUCUGGCGGGCGGAGCUUGGGAAGGAAGUGGAUCUCCCACUUCCGUCCCAGUUGCUGACGAUUUGGGUCUGCACCGGAAGUGCCUGUGCAGCAGAUGUGGUACCUACUGAGUGCUGUUUCGGUCGCUCUCACGUCUUUCCCCGGCUGGGUAUUUGCGUCGCACCAUGGCGCCCAAGGGCAAAGUGGGCACGAGAGGGAAGAAGCAGAUAUUUGAGGAGAACAAAGAGACCUUGAAGUUCUACCUGCGAAUCAUACUGGGGGCCAAUGCCAUUUACUGUCUUGUCACCCUGGUCUUCUUCUACUCAUCUGCUUCAUUUUGGGCCUGGAUGGCCCUGGGCUUUAGUCUGGCAGUAUAUGGGGCCAGCUACCACUCUAUGAGCUCGAUGGCAAGGGCAGCCUUCUCUGAGGAUGGGGCCCUGAUGGAUGGUGGAAUGGAUCUCAACAUGGAGCAGGGCAUGGCAGAGCACCUUAAAGAUGUGAUCCUGCUGACAGCUAUUGUGCAGGUGCUCAGCUGCUUCUCCCUCUACAUCUGGUCCUUCUGGCUUCUGGCGCCGGGCAGAGCCCUUUACCUCCUGUGGGUCAAUGUACUGGGCCCUUGGUUCACAGCAGACAGUGGCGCCCCAGCGCCAGAGCACAACGAGAAACGGCAGCGCCGACAGGAGCGGCGGCAGAUGAAGCGGUUAUAGCCACUGACAUUGUGGCUACAGGUUUCUGGGCCCCGGGUGGCUCUAUCAGGCUGCAUGGCCCCCAUGCCAGGAGCAAUGAGGGCCUAGUCCAAGGGCCAAAGGCAGUCUAAGGUAUAGGACUGGUGAAUAAAUGGCUUACAAUGUG